AUGAACAAAGUGGACGCACCAUGCCGACCCGCCGCCUCUCUCAAAUUCACUAUUGACAACAUCCUCAAUCUCAAGACGAGCGGGAGGAACUGGGACGGUCGUCACCCCGCCGGACUGCGGGAUGACUCGGCCACGGCGAUGCGUAAAGACGGUUUCCAGAGUCACCACGACGAGCAUGUAGUCCAGCAGCGCCAGGACCCGGGCUGCAGGCUUAACGAGAAAGAGUUGAUCACAGACUGCAACGGAGCGACGGAGUCAGUCAUCAGCCGCGGAGACCCGAAGAAGGCGACGGAGGUUCGCUUCGAGAGCGGGGACAGCAGCUGCGACGACAGCAGCUCCACCACCACGGCCACGGACACCCACAAAGGGGGCAGCCCUGCCAAGAAAAGCAAAAUGAUAACGAAAAAGAAAACGCGCACAAUUUUCUCCAAGAGACAGAUUUUCCAGUUGGAGUCUACCUUCGACAUGAAACGCUACCUGAGCAGCGCGGAGCGCGCCUGCCUCGCCAGUUCCCUCCAGCUCACGGAGACCCAGGUGAAAAUAUGGUUCCAGAACCGCAGGAAUAAAUUGAAACGGCAGAUCUCGACCGAAAUCGACGGAACUGUUACCGAUUUCCCCGAGACUGGAAAGCCCAUGGUGGUGGGGCAGCUCCCGGCCUUGUACAAAGAGAGCAACCUGCUGGGCAGAUGCCUGCUGCCCAUGCCUCUGCCCGUGGUGUACCCGGGGAGUAGCACGCCUUAUCUCUGCUUCACAAACGCCAGCAAGUACUUCAGUCUGUACGACGGGGACGUAUGAUGAUGAUUCAUUCCCUCACGUGAAAGAGACGCUUUUUGGUGG